ACGGGAAUGAGAUUGAGCUUCCAUUUCUAUACCGCUGUGAGAUUUGUACUGGCUUAUGUGUUCUUUUCUCAUUAACAGAAAGGACUAAAUUGCUCAUUUUCGACGCCCUUCAAAGGGAAUAUUCAAUUGGACAUUGGUCUACCAAUGCAUAGCUCAGUGGCUCUUCAAACACAUAUGACAUGAUAUGAUAGACCGUCAUCAAUGGAAUUCAUAGAUCUCCUCCUGUUCCUCGUGCCGCUGCUGCACCUCCUGGCCGCCCCUUACACCAAAGUCGAGGAGUCCUUCAACCUGCAGGCCACGCACGACAUCCUCGUCUACGGCACCCCCACGCACGACAUCCACCAGCGGCUGUCCUCCACGUAUGACCACUUCGCCUUCCCGGGAGCCGUGCCGCGGACGUUUGUCGGGCCGGUGCUCCUGGCGGGCGUGAGCCAGCCGCUGAUUGCCCUGGCUGGGUUCCAGCACGCGCAGUUCAUUGUGAGGGCGGUGCUGGGCGGCUUCAAUGCCGUGUGCUUGGUCGUCUUUGGAGCUGCUGUCAGAGCGGCGUUUGGCAAAGGGGCGGCGAGGUGGUGGGUGUUGUUCAGCGUGACCCAGUUCCAUGUGGUGUUUUACUUGAGCAGGACGUUGCCGAAUAUGUUUGCGUUUGGACUGACAACUCUGGCAUCUGCAUUCCUCCUCCCCAAAAACGAUGCCUCAGUCGAAAGAACUCGCCGUCGACAGGCAAUCGGCCUCCUCGUCUUCGCAACAGCCAUCUUCCGCUCCGAAUUGGCCAUCCUCCUCGCCGCAACGGGGCUUCUCGCUCUCGCCAAAUCCUAUCUCAGUCUGCGAGAACUCGUCACCUUCUUCCUCGCCUCCUUCCUCGCCGCACUAGGCCUCUCCAUCCCUAUUGAUUCGUACUUUUGGCAGAAGCCCUUGUGGCCAGAGCUCGCGGGCUUUUACUACAAUGCCGUCCUUGGGUCUUCAUCCAACUGGGGUGUAUCGCCGUGGCAUUACUAUUUCACUUCCGCUCUGCCGCGCCUUUUGCUCAAUCCCCUGUGCUUCCCUCUCAUCGGAUUGGCUCUCUAUCAGCCCGGAACCUUUCGUCGAGUUCAGGAUCUGGUCAUUCCAUCUCUCAUCUUCAUUGCCGUAUACUCUAUUCAACCUCAUAAAGAAACCCGCUUCAUCUUCUACACUGUCCCUUCGCUCACUGCUGCUGCCGCCGUAGGCGCCAACUUCAUCUCUUCACGCCGAUCUAAAUCGCUACUCUACGGCCUCGCUACUGCGAUCCUGUCCCUCUCCAUCCUCGCAGGCUUUGCCUCAAGUACCCUCAUGCUCCUCCUCUCAUCUCUCAACUACCCCGGCGGCGAUGCGCUCUCUCAGCUCUACGCCAUCACUUCAAACGCCACUUCGCCUCCUCCUCAUUUAUUCGUCCACGCAGACGUCUUGACUUGCAUGACCGGCCUCACCCUCUUUGGUCAAAACCCUCAUGGCCUCCCUCCAACUCUAAAUUCCACAUCUUCGUCCUCCUCCUCUUCUUCUUCUCCGAUUCUGUUUUUCGACAAGACAGAGUCAAGCGAAGUGCUAUAUCACCAAGAUUUCUGGUCCCAGUUCGACUACGUCUUAAUGGAAGAUCCAUCCCUCGUCCUCGGAACGUGGGACACCAUCGGCCAGAUACACAGCUACGACGGCAUCGAAAUUUUACGGCCUGGACAAGUUGCUACGGCAGCAGAAACACUGCAUGAGGAAGGAAUCAAAGACGGUGUUCUUGGACAGGGCGCAACAAUUGCUACCGCUAGGGAUUUCGUAAGAAAGUUGACUGGAGGCUGGUGGGUUGGGCCACGCAUGUCUCCUCGAAUCCACAUCAUGAAACAAGUCCGUGAAGAUGAUGCCGUAUAGAAUUGAAACCAAAAGUUGUUUCCGAUAAACACAGAAGGAGUAGAGGAAUAUUGUCUCUAUAUUGAAAAAGAGAGAGUGUGUUUCAGCCUGCCCUGUUAAAAUAUUUACUAGAUAGAAGCGAACAUAUAAUAUACACACAAUCGACAAACUAGAGAAAAAAAAAUCAAAUGUUUUUUGCAAAUCGAUCCAAUAGAAUAAUUUUUUUUCACGCCUCUCU